CAGCCCCGGCUCCCUUCGGCCCCUCGUUUAAACAAUGUCCUCCAGCCAGAGCAACCCAGAGAGCCUCUGAUCGCAGCGCAGUCUUGGACUUAUUUCAAGGGAAAUUAACCCGGAAACCCCUCCACGAGGCUGCGAUCCUGAGCAUAUGCCCCUGGAAAAGCUAGGGAUGAGCACCUCCCUGAACUACAAGUCCUUCUCCAAAGAGCAGCAAACCAUGGAUAACCUGGAGAAACAGCUGAUUUGCCCCAUCUGCCUGGAGAUGUUCACCAAGCCUGUGGUCAUCCUGCCCUGUCAGCACAACCUCUGUCGGAAAUGCGCCAGCGACAUUUUCCAGGCCUCCAACCCCUACCUGCCGACCAGGGGAGGCACAACCGUGGCGUCGGGAGGCCGCUUUCGCUGUCCCUCCUGCAGGCACGAAGUGGUCCUGGACCGGCAUGGCGUCUACGGGCUGCAGAGGAACCUGCUGGUGGAGAACAUCAUCGACAUCUACAAGCAGGAGUCCACAAGACCGGAAAGGAAGUGUGACCAGCCAAUGUGCGAAGAGCACGAAGAUGAGAGAAUUAAUAUCUAUUGUUUGAACUGUGAAAUGCCCACCUGCUCCUUGUGCAAAGUCUUUGGUGCUCACAAAGACUGUCAAGUUGCUCCUCUUACAAACGUUUACCAGCAACAGAAGUCUGAGCUGAGUGACGGCAUUGCAAUCCUGGUGGGGAGCAACGACAGAGUGCAAGGGAUAGUCACGCAGCUGGAGGAGACCUGCAAGACAGUUGAGGAAUGCUGCAGACGACAGAAAGAGCAGCUGUGUGAAAAAUUUGAUUAUCUGUAUUCUGUACUGGAAGAAAGAAAAAAUGAGAUGACACAAAUAAUCACUAGAACCCAAGAGGAGAAACUGGAACACGUCCGCUCCCUGAUGAAGAAGUAUGCGGAUCAUUUGGAAGCUGUGUCAAAGCUGGUUGAAUCAGGAAUCCAGUUCAUGGAAGAACCAGAAAUGGCCGUGUUUUUGCAGAAUGCCAAAACAUUGCUACAAAAAAUUACUGAAGCAUCUAAAGGAUUUCAAAUGGAAAAAAUAGAGGAUGGGUAUGAAAAUAUGAACCAAUUCACAGUGAACCUCAGUAGAGAAGAAAAGAUAAUACGAGAAAUUGAUUUUGACAGAGAGGAGGAGGGGGAAGAGGAAGAGGAGGAGACGGUGGAUGGUGAAGAUUUGGAUGAAGUCCACACAGAGUCAUCAGGAGAGGAGGAGGAGGAAGAGAUAGAGGAGGAAGGGGCUGAGAGAGCAUCACAGCCACCUCAGCAGGACCCAGAACCGCAGAGCACAGCGGGAGAGCCCCCAGCUGAACCCACCCCAGCACCACUGCCCGCUGCGCCGGCUGGUCAGGAUGAGGUUGUGACACCAAGUGGUUCUCAACAGACCCCAGAGUCUGACACUCAAGUGCCGGCCACAGCAGAAACCAUCGAUCCCUUGUUUUACCCUAGCUGGUAUAAGGCUCAGUCACGGCAAUCAAGCAGUCCGAGCUCAACCCCGGUGAGUGGGUUGGGGAAAGUAGGGCCUCCUGUUUCUCUGGAAACAAGUGCAAAGAAGGCAGAAGCCCCGGCAGCAGCAGCGAUCAAGGAGAGCGCACCGGGGAGUGGUAAGGAAAGUAAUGCCACUGCAGCGACGUCCAAGUCCAUUACUAGCAAAAGGACCUCCACAAUGACAGCGUGGACAAAAUUAUUUCUCCUGUUCAAAUUAAUACAAAGCCAAGCUCACCUAGAUGUUGUCUUUCUGUGACUAGCUCGUUUAAAUACUGAAUCCUACCUCCACUCAACCUCUUCCUCCAAGCAUCGCUCGUUCUGCUUAUUGUUAAGGCGUUCGGAAAGGAAAAUAGAGUGUAAACAAAAAAUAUUUCUUAAUCAUGGAUGAACUGUUGCUGUUUUACAUCACAUUACAGUAGAUUUAUGUCAUAACAACACAAACCAUCUGUUGUAAAAUACUUGGUUAGUUGUCAUCCUACUGCCUUGAGACAGUUCAGGCUUUCAGUGUAGCUGUACAGUCAUCUAUGGAAAGCAGUGCUUGUAGUCCUCUAACCAUUAGAGAUAGACCAGUAUUUAAAUACCAGCCUGCCUGAUUGAAAAUGCCAGUGACAGUAAUUAGUAAACUGGGCUGAGCCCUUGUGUUUGGAUAUUUUAUCAUGCCACCUCCAGGCUUUCCUGAUUUGUGAGCAGGUGAGGGGCUGGACCGCAGCACCCUGCAGGAUUCAGUGCCCACCUACCUGGCGUUUGAAACGGAGUUACAGGUUGGGGGGCUGCACGUGCAGCCAAAAUGAAAUGUAAAAAAAGGAGUGGGACAUAUCAAACAGCGUUGAUUCAGUCUUAGAUCCCUUUUCAGGUGAUAUAUAUUCCUGACAUCUUUACAAUAAUCUUCAGGUCAUUAAGUAAGAGACCAGUGACUAAUUCAGAAAACCUGUUAUCCCAGGGUACUGCCUAAUGGAGAUAGAUAGGUGCCACAAUGUUCAAACUAUGCUACAGAUGUCUGACAUAGAUGUCACACCUGUGACUGAGCAGAAAAUUAGGAUCUCACAAUCCCAGAGAAUAAAUGAUCUGAAUUUCUCAUAGUUCUUUUUCAUUUAGAGAGCACUCUAUGAAAUCUCCCUGAGUCUAUCUCAACCACUGAAGGUGGUGAUCGAAAUACAGUCCCAGUCUCUUAGAGCACUCCUGGCUCAGCACUUCUGCUCACAGAAGUGGCUGUUUUUCAUGAUGAAACACUUGCUGUUUGACUUGCUCUAUUACAAAAUGCCUUACGGAGGAAAGGUAGCUGUUGUUUCCCCCGUCAGUGCUGGUGAGCCUUUUCAAUGUCUGGCACCAGAAUUAUUUUUUGAAAAACAUUCAUUUUUAUAUUUAUGCACAAUUUCAUAAUUUGAUUUUAUAAAACAAAUAGAUGCCUUUUUUAAGAAAAUGGAACUGGUGCCUGCCCAGAUGCAGGUCAGUUCCAGGCUUGUCUCUGGUGACAGUUGCUAGUGAUCUGUGUUCUACGUUCUGUAAUAACCCCAUCAAUAACUGUGAUGAUUGAAUCCGAGGCAUUAAGAGCAGUAUUUAUCCCAGCUUCCUUGGACUUCACCUGGGAAUAGUGCGAGAUGGACAGAAGGAAGCUUAAUUUAAUAUCCUACUCAUCAGUUGACCCAGUGCUGUGCAAGCAAGUCAGCAUUGCUAAUGGGUGAGCAGAGAUUACAAUGUGAGACGUGAUACAACAGACGUCUGUCCAGGAAGUCAUGGUGCUGCUCGCUGAGCAAUGCAUUAUUGUUGGAGUACAGUCAUUCCUUGGCUACCAGCUUCAGUUGCUGUGGUUGUAGUAAGGAGAAGAUUGAGGCAAACGAAGACAUGGAAAAAUGAGCACACUAAAGAAAAUGGGCAGCAGCAACAGAUGAUGAGGGAAAAAUCAUAGAAUCAUAGAAUAUCUCAAGUUGGAAGGGACCCAUAAGGAUCAUCAAGUUCAACUCCCUGCUCCUCACAGGACUACCUAAAGCUAAACCAUAUGACUAAGAGCAUCAUCCAGAUGCUCCUUGAACUUUGACAGGCUUGGUGCUGUGACCACUUCCCUGGGGAGCCUGUUCCAGUGACUGACCACGCUCUCAGUGAAGAACAUUUUCAUAAUGCCCAAUCUGAUCUUCCCCUGACGCAGCUUCAUUCCAUUUCCUCGUGUCCUAUCACUGGUCACCAGA